CAUACUGAUUGGUUUCUUUAACUUCAUUAAAUGUUGUCGUGUGUUUAAAGGCUCCUUUUCUGUUUCCAAACAGGCAGCAACAUAAUCGCUUGGAUUAGCAACAAGAUGAAGACAACCACAGAAGAGGCUGAGGCGUUUGGCACCAUGCUAGUGGCCUAUGGCUACAUCUACCCCCUGCAGAACCAUAAGAAGCUGGUGAUGUGCAAUGACAGCAGCCUUUACCGCUUCCAGACCCCCUACUUCUGGCCGACGCAGCAAUGGGUUCCAGACGACUCUGAUUACGCCAUUUAUCUGGCAAAGAGGAACAUCCGCAAGAAAGGCAUGCUGGAACCCUAUGAGCAGGCUCAUUAUAACCACCUGCAUGAAUGGCUGAACCAUAAAUGGGACUUCAUCGUAAUGCAGGCAACAGAGCAGUACAAGGCAGUUAGAGACCGGAACAAGGCAGACCGGGUGGUGAUGGACUGCCAGGAGAGAGCCUACUGGAUGGUGAACAGGCCUCCGGCGGAUGGUGAGAACCUGGCCUUCUGGGAAGCAGCUGAGGAACUGAAGUGGGGCACCGCCUCUUCCAUGUCAGCAAAGGCUGAGACCAUCUUUAAGACCUUUCUGGCGCCGGGGGCCCCUCGCUGGAUCAACAUCGAUGGGCGGACCAUGGGGCUGACAGUGAAAGGUCUGGAACAUCCUCACCGCUAUGUCCUGGAGGCGGCGCAGACACACGUCUUCAUGCUCAUGAAGAAGGACACCUUCUUCCGUUACCUCAAGUCACCAACCUACAAGGAGAUCCAGAAGAAGGCCCUGAACCCUGAAGCCCAUAACUUCAGUCCAGCCCAGCUAGAGGAAAACGCUCGGAACCGGAGCGCCGGCAUCCAUCCCAUCAUCCUGUGGCAGCAGGAGGAGGAGGAGAAGGCCAAGGCCGCCGUUGCAGCGGCUCCAGUCGACGUCAAGGCUGUGAUGAGCAAAAUAGACAGGAAGAAGUAGAGAAAAGUGAUCCUGAAUUAGGUGGAACCAGGAACCAGAGCUGCUGUAGGGUCUGAGUUCUGCUUAGCAAAGAUUCCCCGUUCCCAUAAUGAGACAUAAAAUGUUUGACCUGAGGAGGUUUAGGUGAAGGUGCUUCAUGCAGAGCGCUGCACAGACCCAACAAAACGAUACGACUGGUGAAACAUCACAGCGCAAACUUCACUGUAUUUAAGUCACAAAAUGAAAAAAUGGCAAAUCUAGAACAGAUUCUCUAUAGAACCACAGAUCCAGAACUGAACAAC